UUUAUUGCGCACCAUGUAGCCUUGAGAAGCAGAAGAGUGGUAGGUAAAUUCUAUGCCUGAAGAAAUCACAGCAAUCUCUAGUGGCAAACUGUGGUUCUGCCCCUUGCUGUGUUUAGCAAACGAAGAGAUUUAAGGAGUCACCUCUGCAGUUUUACUCACAUAAUCCCAGCAGGGCUAACAGACAGACAGCGUCCAAAGGAGAGGAGCUACACCCAUCUGAGGAUAAACCACUGUGAAACAGCUCUGACAGUUAAGCCAAUCUAGAAGACUUUGAUUCCAAGAUACAAGGCAAACCUCCUUCAUGAAAUGGAAUGAAGCUGAAAAAUCAUCCACAUCUUUGUCUGUGAACUUGAGAUAAGAUUGGGAUGGUCUCAGGUGCCCACAUCUAGACUGUAACUGCAGCCAUGAGUUCAGACGAGAAGGGCAUAUCCCCUGCUCAUAAAACGUCCACUCCAACCCAUAGAAGUGCCUCCUCUUCAACAUCCUCCCAGAGGGACAGUAGGCAGAGCAUCCACACCCUGGAGAGGACUGCUUCCUCUAGCACCGAGCCCUCUGUAAGUCGCCAUUUCCUAGAACCGGAGCCAGUCCCCACCUCCAAGGAAGCUGACAGCUGGGAAAUUAUAGAAGGGCUGAAAAUAGGCCAAACCAAUGUACAGAAACCAGAUAAACAUGAAGGCUUUAUGCUGAAGAAAAGAAAAUGGCCUUUAAAAGGCUGGCACAAGCGUUUUUUUGUCCUGGAUAAUGGAAUGCUAAAAUAUUCAAAGGCACCACUUGAUAUUCAGAAGGGGAAGGUCCACGGAAGCAUAGAUGUCGGACUGUCCGUCAUGUCGAUAAAAAAGAAAGCUCGGAGGAUAGACCUUGACACGGAGGAGCACAUCUACCAUUUGAAGGUGAAAUCUCAGGACUGGUUUGAUGCCUGGGUCGCCAAACUGCGCCAUCAUCGCUUGUACCGGCAGAAUGAAAUUGUGAGAUCACCGAGAGAUGCGAGUUUUCACAUAUUUCCUGCAACCUCCACAGCUGAAUCCUCCCCAGCUGCCAAUGUUUCUGUUGUGGAUGGAAAGGUGCAGCCGAACAGCUUUCCAUGGCAGUCUCCGCUGCCGUGCAGCAACAGCCUCCCUGCGACCUGUACAACCGGCCAGAGCAAAGUGGCAGCCUGGCUGCAGGACUCAGAGGAAAUGGACAGGUGUGCAGAAGAUCUUGCACAUUGCCAAUCAAACCUUGUGGAACUUAGCAAACUCCUGCAAAAUUUGGAGAUACUUCAGAGAACUCAGUCAGCACCUAAUUUUACUGACAUGCAGGCUAACUGUGUAGAUAUCUCAAAGAAAGACAAGCGGGUCACAAGACGCUGGAGAACAAAAAGUGUCAGCAAAGAUACAAAAAUACAACUGCAGGAAGGGCCACCUGCGAAGGGCCAGUUCAGCACAACCCGGCGCCGGCAGAGGCUAGCGGCAGCAGUGGCUACCACAGUCCCUUUCAGUGCCACGAUGUCGCCGGUUCGCUUGCAUUCCUCCAACCCCAACCUGUGUGCAGAUAUUGAAUUUCAGACUCCCCCUAGCCAUCUCACUGACCCUCUGGAAAGUUCAACAGAUUAUACAAAGCUGCAGGAAGAAUUUUGUCUAAUUGCACAGAAAGUGCAUUCUCUCUUGAAGUCUGCAUUUAAUAGCAUAGCUAUAGAGAAAGAAAAGCUGAAGCAGAUGGUUUCAGAGCAAGAUCACAAUAAAGGCCACAGCACCCAGAUGGCCCGGCUGCGGCAGUCACUGUCUCAGAGUGAAGGAGCAAGCAAAUCCUGGGCACUCAACCAGAAUGCUGAACUGAGGAGUCGGUUGAACAGAAUACAUUCAGAGUCUAUUAUUUGUGAUCAGGUUGUCAGUGUAAAUAUUAUUCCUAGCCCUGAUGAGCCUGGUGAGCAAAUCCAUGUCAGUCUCCCCCUGUCCCAGCAAGUAGCCAAUGAGAGCCGCCUCUCCAUGUCAGAGUCUGUGUCUGAGUUCUUUGAUGCCCAAGAGGUGCUCCUGUCCGCCAGUUCAUCAGAGAAUGAGGCUUCGGACGACGAGUCUUACAUCAGUGAUGUGAGUGAUAACAUCUCAGAAGACAACACCAGCGUUGCAGACAAUAUUUCUCGACAAAUCCUGAAUGGGGAGCUCACGGGCGGUGCCUUCCGAAACGGGCGGCGAACGUGCCUGCCUGCUCCGUGCCCGGACACCAGUAACAUUAACUUAUGGAACAUCUUGCGGAACAACAUCGGCAAAGAUCUGUCGAAAGUCUCCAUGCCUGUAGAGCUCAACGAGCCGCUCAACACUCUGCAGCAUCUGUGCGAGGAGAUCGAGUACAGUGAGCUCCUGGACAAGGCUUCGGAGACUGAUGAUCCCUACGAGCGCAUGGUUCUCGUUGCUGCAUUUGCGGUUUCAGGCUAUUGCUCCACCUAUUUCAGGGCAGGAAGUAAGCCAUUCAAUCCAGUCCUGGGGGAGACGUACGAAUGCAUUAGAGAAGACAAGGGAUUCCGAUUCGUCUCAGAACAAGUUAGCCAUCACCCACCCAUUUCUGCUUGUCACUGCGAAUCGAAGAAUUUUGUGUUUUGGCAAGAUAUCAGAUGGAAAAACAAGUUCUGGGGGAAGUCGAUGGAAAUCCUGCCUGUUGGAACACUGAAUGUCCUGCUUCCAAAGUACGGAGAUUGCUAUGUGUGGAAUAAGGUCACCACGUGCAUACACAACAUCCUUAGCGGGAGAAGAUGGAUAGAGCAUUAUGGAGAAAUAACCAUCAGAAAUACCAAAAGCAGUGUUUGCAUUUGCAAACUCACAUUUGUCAAGGUGAAUUAUUGGAAUUCAAAUGUGAAUGAAAUACAGGGGGUCGUGAUAGAUCAGGAAGGGAAGGUCGUGCACCGGCUGUUCGGGAAGUGGCAUGAAGGACUCUACUGUGGUGUGGCCCCCUCGGCCAAGUGCAUCUGGAGACCAGGUUCCAUGCCAACCAACUAUGAGCUCUACUACGGCUUCACACGGUUUGCUAUUGAACUCAAUGAAUUAGAUCCUGUACUAAAAGAUCUCCUCCCACCAACAGAUGCCCGAUUCCGGCCAGAUCAAAGAUUUUUGGAAGAAGGAAAUUUAGAAGCUGCAGCAGCAGAGAAGCAAAGAGUAGAGGAACUCCAGAGAUCUCGAAGACGAUACAUGGAAGAAAACAACCUUGAACAUAUACCAAAAUUUUUUAAAAAAGUUACUGAUGCGAAUCAAAGAGAAGCCUGGGUUUCUAAUGACACCUAUUGGGAGCUUCGAAAGGACCCUGGGUUUAGCAAAGUAGACAGCCCUGUUCUUUGGUAAACUGGGAAUGUAGAGCUAGCCCACAUAUCACACUCUGAAUGAAUAAAUAACUAUGCACAAUUACGUUUCUUAUAGCUAUGCGUGGUUUCUGGGUUGACUAAAACCUACCAUUUGCUUUUCUAUUCAUCUUUAUAAUGGACUUUCAAAAGUGCAUUAGACAAGGCCCCUAACCACUUUUGGAUCCUUUCUGUUUUGCUGCAACCAUAUUCCUUAAAAACAAAAACAAAACACCCACACCCUCCUCGGAAAGCAGAAUAAAAGGAGCAGAAUAUAAAAUCCAAAGUCUGAAGGGUUUGUAAAGAAAACCAAACUGUAACUGGUGCUUAACGCUGAUCAAGAGGGUUAACAACAAGUAUAAACCACACGUUUGGUCCGUUGCCUGGAAGCACCGUCCCCUUCUCGGAAGAGCUCCGGGCCACAACAGUCAGUCAGCUCAGACUUCAAGUGUGUCCUUCUUGUGGUGUGCCAACCUCUUCAAAAAGACGCGAUGCUCCCAGGCCUGUUCCAUCUGUAUGCCAUUGUUUAUGCCUUAAGAAAUGCAGAGAUGUACAAUAAACCAUUUUUUAAAUGUGUGCUCACAGGUUUAUGUGAAGGACAGAUCUUGUGAAUCAUGGCCUGCUUCACUUUCUCAAUCAGUGAUUCGACUAACAAAUGUAUUUAAAAAGUGAACACCAUGUGUUUAACUUUGAUAAGUGAAUUACUGUGUGUUAUAUCUGAAGGGCACAAAGGAAGAAAGAUGUGCUGAGUAGAUCUCUGUAUUUACAUUGUUCAUUAAGUUCCUGCCCGGUGUCCAGAUAACAAACCAUCCCUCUUCUGCCUAACCUCACAGUUUUGCCCUACUGGUUGGCAAAAUCUGUUUGAUUUGGACGUUUGUCACCAUUGUGAAAACUGUGAGGGAAAUGCCAGUCAGCAUGUGUAUUUUCAGUGUGGGCUUAGUACUAUAAGCAGUCCCUGUUUCUGAAUGAAGCACAAUGUAUAUCAUACAUCUCUUAACCCAUGACCACCUCGUCACCACUAUUUCAAUUCCAUUGAGAACAGAAUCAAGAAUGCUCAUAGCUUAUUUGCAUUGUUACAAUGGGUUCUAUGCAAAAUUAUAUUUCUUAUUUUUAUCAAGUGAUUCCAUAUGAUACAUAACUACGUAAUAGGAAUUUACUUUGCUAGGAGCAGAGAUAUAAAAUUUAGGCUAAGGAAUUUAUCCAUCCUAAUGGGAGGGCAGAAAUGUGAUUUGCAUACUUCAGAAUUUGUUUUUCCUCCAUAGAAUACAGAAGCUUUCAUAGGAAACUUGCAUCGGUGUUCCUAAGUUUCUGCACGCAGAUGCCUGUGUGGGUUUUUUUUAUCUUAAAGAGAUUCUCCUAGAGAAUUAUGAAAUUACACAUAUUUUAUUGUUAGAUUUUUAUUCUUAGAUUCUUAACAUCUAAAUUUAAGUGUCACUUUAAACUCUGAUCAUAAGGUUACUGAACUUUUACAUUCAGCUAUGAGGUGUUGAUUUUAGUGUUAUUUCUUCUUAGUGUAGCAUUUCUUGUAAUGGCUGAUACACCACCAAACAAAAAACUGCUGAUGAGAAUGUAAGGGGAAACUCUAAAAUUUCCACUGUAUGGAGCAAUAUUUAGUUAUCCAAAACUCAUCCCUCCUUUCAUUCAAGUCCUUAUUGUACAUACAUUUUGUGUAUAUUUACAGUAGAGUUUCAUUCUCAAAUUCCCUAAAACCAUCACCACCUCUAAGUAUUCUACUUAACCAGACCUGUGCUUCUCAAAUAUUUUAACUCCCAUUUUAAAUAUUGUUUUGGCUUGCCCUAUGGUAAAAUCUCCCCUGUCGUCCAUGAUUUUCCUGUUCAUUCAUCUUGACAACCUCAGAUGCUUCCCUCUCAUUUUAAUUGUAAUUUAAUUAGAAAUAUUGACCUCUUCACAGAAAGCUGUUCUCCUUUGAUUAGUAUAGCUUAAAAUACUAUUUAAAGUGGUUUUAGCCUCUACUUGCGUUUUCUUGAACAGUCUCAAAAUAGCGUAAAUACGAGAAUCCAUCAAAACACUGAACGAAGAGAAUAAAGGAGAAGCAGCCGGUGGCUGACAGGUCUGACAUCAGUGAGGAAGCUGGGAGAGCACCCAGACCCAUCAGGGAAGCAACCAUUGUCCCUAGGAUUAUAAUUGAGAAAAUGAAACAUUGGCGACAGGACCAUGAUUAAAUGAAUUCAGCCUGCAAAAUAACUCUGAUUAGGAUUUCAGUACGAGGAUGAGAAAAA